CCACCCAGACGUCUCGUCUCUCGUUCAACUCCCAUCCCGGAUCUCGCAUCUCUCUCACCCACGACACGGGAUCCCACCUCCUCGUGGCGCAGUCCAUGCCCGCCCCAUCGGAAAAUCGCCUCCGUCUCCGCCUAGCCGUCGAUGUCCUACUUAUCUUUUCUUUCGUCGGAAAGGCCAUAAGGGAGGAUCUGUUUUUCUGGGCGGCCAUGAGCUCCAUCCCCAGAUCGGUGGCGCACCACACCCCUGAAGAAUGGGUAUGUAUCCAAUUUUUAUCUGGAGUUAUUGGGCUUGCUGCUGCUAGCUCUUCCACGCUCUUGGCACAUAGCCAUGCGGUGGUGAGCGACAGUAGCAACGUUGAGUUUUGGGGGCCGUCGGCGUCGUGGAACUCGGUGUGGCUGAAGGUACUCUAUCAGGUAAUCGGGUGGAUCACCUUCUUUCCUGGUCCUUCAUCUUCUACCUGUAGGUUGUCCUCUACUACAAGAGCAAGAGGUGCUCCUUCUAUCCCUUUCCUUUGUCCUUGGCUAUAGUCUAUUUGGGCUAGAUUUGUUUGACCAGCUGUUCGUCUGUUCCUCAGCCUGCGGUUCUGAGGAUUCACUUAAUCUGCUCACAAAACAGACUUUGCUUCCUUUGUCAUAUAUGUGUCUUGAUUUUGGAAGAAAAAAAAACAACCUUGAGAAAUUUGUCUGGUACCAUGUCAAAUGUCUAGAAAAUGCAGUUUUCUUUGAGCUGACGAUGAACCGUGUCUUCAGGCAGAUGCAAAUUCUAGGAAAUUGCCUCGAUUGCUUUGCUCCUAUGGCAAGAUAGUGGCCCUGUUUAUUGGAGGGUGUCAUGUAUGCAAAGUACAGGCAAAGAAACAAAACAAAAAGCAGUUACCAGUUAGCACCGAGUAGAACGAACCUUUUCCUUGUGGUGCUUAUAAACUACUCCAUCCGAUCCAAACAGAAGUGUCGUGGUUUUUUUGGGUUGGAGGGAGUAUUUAAUGUACGCUUUGUUGUCCAUCUAUUAUUAUUGUUGUAUAACGAUUCUUGCUGGUAUGGCUAAAUAAAAAUCACGACCAAGAAGAAGAGACAAGGUAUAAGAAUAAGCCAUUACGAUAUCCGGAUCAGAUCGAAAUCAGGGAAAUCGUCAUGAAACCAGAGAUACAGUAAAAAAAGGUUUUUAAGUAGUAAAUUAAGGGUUUUGGUGCUUUGCACAACUGCAUGAAAAAUGAGAGUAUAAAUUUUGGACCUGUCAAGAUUUGUAAUUGUGGCAGUAUGGUCUGAUUGUGUUUAUUUUAGUAACCAGCUCAUCCUCCAUGACAUUGCUCUUCAUAGGUAUUGCUUUUCCUUGCCCAUUCCUAUAAGGCUAUAACUAAUUAAGCUUCAUCUUAAAAAAUAGGUUUAUCAUUCCACCCUUAAGAAAGAGGUUAUGCACAGAGAAGUGACCUUCAAGUGUGAAGCCAGAUGCAAAAACAACACAUGUUGAUGCAAUUGUUCCACACCCUCUUAAUUCUUUUCCUAUCUGACCAAAUGGUAUCUACUCUUUGUCCAGAUGUUGCAAAAAGGAAUGAAUUAUUGAAUGUUUGCUGCUCCAGAGUAUGCUAGAUUGUGGUUUUUUUAGCAAAACUGAUAAUUUGUGUAAAUUUGGAAUUUUAUAUGAUGGCUAGCGUACCAUUCCAUCGCAUCAAGAUAAUAUAUAUAUUGUGGAUAAUGGGGUCGCGCUAUUCGUCACCCUGGGUGAGGAAUUCUUAUUCCUCAUCCCAGCCAUCCUAGACGUCCGACCAACAGCGUCGCUGGGCACUAGCCAAAGCAGAAGUAAAUUUAUGGCAAGCAAAGAGAACCCAACCAUCCGCACGCACAUGCGUGCGAUGCAAUUUUUCUUUUUGUGUGAGGUAAACUUACGGCACUAGACCGUUCUUGAUGUGUGAUUUCAUCCCAUCCGUAAGAGCCAACGUAAGAUUAUGGUUUGACUCCCCGUCAUUACUGUGCCACAUAUCGCGGAUCAGUAUAUAUGGAAAAAAAAAUCUUCCCGUCGACUCUCCCAGCUGGGAUCUGUCCAUCCUCUGUCUCCCCGACCCCGUCGCCGCUAGCCUGUCCGAUGCGAGGGAGCGCUGCCAUGGGAGAGCCGGCCCCAGUGAGGAUUCAGAUCGGCGGGCCGAGGAGUCGCCGGGGCGGGCGGCGGGAGAGCUCAUCCGGGCGAGAUGGAGCCACCAUCCCGGCAGGGAGGCGCGUCGACGGGAGCACGGUGUCCACCCGUCAUGGCCGAGAUUCCAUAUUGCGGUUUCAAACUUCGGGCCCCAAGACGUGGGACUGGCAUUGUUUCUUUUCUCAGGGACGCGAGAGGAGAGAUGCACCCGGCGGUUUCCCUCAUGGACUCGCCGGAUUUCCACCGGCGAGAAUCCGAGGACAAUGAGACUUGUCCGAGAAGGUUUGCUGCUGCUGAUGGUGCGCCUCCUCCAGCAAUUUUCUCGACGCCAGAACAUGGCGUUGGAACUUCGGCAGGCAGUGGUUCAGAAUUUCCCAUAGCCGAUGAUAACUCAUUGGUGUGUCAUCCGGCGAUGCACUCAUCCAUAUUGAUGCCGCCGUGUACUGUUGAACCAAGGGAGAUGAUGACACCGGAUGCCAGCGCAAGAUACAUACACGGUGAGCAAGUCCGCGAAGAUUUUGUGCCAAAGAGAAAUAUGGGUUUCGUCACCGAGGAGGAAGGGUAUGACUUUUAUCUACAAUAUGCAAGAGAAGCUGGUUUUGGUAUUACGAAGCUCAAGAGGAAGCCGAUGUCGCGUCUAUAUGCAUGCUCCCGACAAGGUACUUCGACAUUUUACAAGCCCGGGGAGGAACGGAAACGUGCAAAGAUGUCAAAGAGAGUUAACUGUAAGGCAGCGGUUAAGAUGAAGAAAAAAGGGAAAGAAUGGAUAUAUGAGAAAGUACUAUUGGAGCACAAUCAUACCCUAAAUCCUGAGCCAUGGGAGUUGAAGCACAUGCAUUCACACAAGAACAAAGACCCUGCUAUCAUGGAAUUCCUUGAUGAUCUGCAGAUGUGCGACGUCUCUCCUAAUGCCACCAUGAAUGUGUUGACCAAGAUGCAUGGCAACCGUGAGAACAUGCCAUGGAGUGAACGUGACUUGCAAAAUAGAAAAGCUGAAAAUGUGCGUAAGGAGCGAGCGGAUGAUGUAAAAAAACUAAAGGCUUUCUUCAACGAGUGCAGAGCACAGAAUAGUAAGUUUUAUUAUGACAUAGAACAUGACUCCGAGGGUGCUCCAAAGAAUAUAUUUUGGAGUCAUGCUAGCUGCCAGGCUAACUAUGCUGAGUUUGGUGAUGUGGUUACUUUUGAUACAACAUAUAAGUGCAAUUUUUACAAUAAGCCAUUAGCAAUGUUUGUUGGGAGCAACCACCAUUUGCAGAAUGUCAUUUUUGGUUUUGCACUCCUCGGUGAUGAGAAGGAGGAAACAUUUGAUUGGGUUUUUCGCACUUUCAAAAUGUGCAUGGAAAACAAAGAACCUCAUUGCAUACUUACAGAUCAAGACCAAGCAAUGGCAAAUGCUCUUCCGGGAGUGUUUCCAAACACUAUUCAUAGGCUAUGCAGAUGGCAUGUUUUGCAUGGUCACAAAGACAGCUUGAAGGUGUUGUAUAACUUGUAUGAUGGUUUGAAAGAGAAGUUGUUGACAAUAAUAAAUCAUCCCCUCACCCCCAUGGAGUUUGAGAAGGCAUGGAUGGAGAUGGUGAAUGAAUAUGGACUCGAGUCAGAUCCUACAAUUGGCAGUUUGUAUGAUCUGCGUACAAGAUGGAUCGCCGCAUACUUUAAGGAUGUUUAUUGUGGGAAAAUGACAUCUACGCAACGCAGUGAGAGCACAAACAGAAUUGCGAAAAGAAACCACAUUGACCCUACGACACCUCUGCACGUGUUUGCAAGAAAAAUGUUUCAGGUUUUGCAAGGGAGAAAAGAAGCAGAAGCCCGAGAGACCAUGGAAUCUCAGGCCCGGCCAAAAACAGUAACAAAUUACCCUCUGGAACAUCAGUUGAGCAGAAUCUAUACCCGUGCAGUAUUCAGGAAAUACAAAGAAGCAUAUGUUUAUGGAACCUCUUUUCUUACAAAGAAAGUUGGCGCUGGUCGUUUCCUUGUGGUGUACGGUAGAGAAGGGCCGACUUUUUCGUGGUCCCAACAUGAGUUCAAAGUGGUUUGUGAUGAAGAGAAAGAAGAAUACAAGUGUGAGUGCAAGCAGUGGGAGCACACAGGACUGCUAUGCCCACACCUUAUUAUAGUGAUGACAAAUGAGCAGAUUCAGAAACUUCCAAGCAAAUAUGUGUAUAGAAGGUACACAAGGAAUGCAAAGAUUGACCCACCAUAUGACAGGAAUGACACUCUCCAGGUUGGAGCCGAUGGGACAUCAAAUAGUGGAAAGCACUUAAAUAUGCUCAGACUGGCUUAUGCCUGUGUUAGAGCGGGGGACAGAUCAACAGUUGGAUAUGAAAGAGUCAUUCAUGUGAUGACAGAACUUAGGGAUCAGGUUGAGGCACUUCCUCCUGAUGUCAUGCCUGUGUUUGAUUAUGGAGGUUGCAGUGAUCCAGCUGGCCGUGAGCUAGAUAAUUUUAAAGCACCACCGAUUGCAAAAACAAAGGGUUGUAGAUCAGAAGAAGGGCGUAGGAUCGGCGCACCCGGGCCAAAGAAGUGCACAAGAAGAUGCAGCAAUUGCGGCCUUAUGGCAGGUCACAAUAGGGCGUCAUGCGAAGAACGAACAGAAAGCUUCGCAGUUGGUGGCAGCAGAGCAGCCCAGGGGAGGGGCAGGGGCAGGGGUAGGGGUAGGGGCAGGGGUAGGGGUAGGGGAAGGGGAACGACAACUCGCCGCCGUUUGAUACAUGAUGAGGUGGACGAAGAUGAAGACUUAGAUUAUCAGGAAGAAGAUGAUCUGCUAGGUGAUGAAUAAUCUUGCGGAAAAGAUGGUAGCAAUUAUUCCAGUUUGGUGACUUGUAAAUAACUCGAUUGUGAAACUAUGUUGUGUCAGUCAUUACAACUAGUUUAUUUCUAGUACUCUGAGAGAUAAUUGAAAGCAUUAUGUGUAGAAUCAGUGUUCAGAAAUUAUUUCAUAUUUGACGUGGUUGCUGGUGGGGAA